AUGUUCCAUGGAUUGCCAAGUGAAGACCCCAUUGAUCACCUUGAUGAGUUUGAUAGGUUAUGUGACUUGACCAAGAUCAAUGGUGUCUCUGAAGAUGCCAUCAAGCUGAGACUCUUCCCUAUGUCUCUGCUGACAAAGCUCACCAAUGGGAGAAGAGCUUGCCCCAUGGCACAAUCACCACUUGGGAUGAAUGCAAGAAGGCCUUUCUUGCUAAGUUUUUCUCCACCGGUCGCAAGCCAAGCUAAGGAUGCCCACAUCAUGGCUUCAACAAUGAGUCUUUGCUCUCUACUCUUUAUAGAGGUUGCUUGGCAAGGUAUAGAGAUGUUGGACACAGCCAGCAAUGGGAACUUCCUUAAUCAGGAUGUGAUGAUGGCUGGCAGCUUGUGGAAACAUUGCAAACUCCAAUGGAAGCUAUGGAGAAGAUUGGAUAAGCUUAUCUUAGCUCAGUCCACAAUGAAGAAAGUCAAUUUGUGUCUGCUGAAGAGAUGGAACCAGUCCAAGAAGGGGAGGAUACACAAUUCCAAGCUCGAUCGGCAGCUCGAUCAAGUCGAACUCCAGCUUGAUCGAGUCAGCCAUCAUCCAUCCUCAAGCCAAUUUUGCUUGAUCCUUACCAGCUAG